GGUCUCUCCUUUUGUUUGUUAUCCCUUCCCCCUUCGUUCCAAUCUCUUUUUCUUUUUCUUUUUCUUUUUGUUUUUUUUUUCUCUUCUAAAUUCAUAUGAAGGUACGAAGAUAUCUGCCUCUUUCUGGCGUCUCGAUUCCCCACCUAAUUCUCAUUUCAUCUCUCAUCUUCUCCUCCAUCCCAGGAAGUCUCUCAUCAAAGGCCAUAACACUCAGAUCAAUUCAAAUCUACAACACUCAUGAGUUUCUUGGUCCACAUCCUACAAUCUACUUCUACUGCAAAGGAGAGAACAAGACAAUCUUGCCUGAUGUAAAGGAGAAACAUUUUUCAUAUAUUUUCUAUGGUGAAGAAUCCUGGCAGCCACUAACAGAGCUUCCAGGUAAGAAGUGCAAGCGAUGUGGUUUGUAUGAGUUUGACACAAUAAAGUCCGAUGAUGUGUUCGAUGAGUGGGACCUUUGCUUGGAUGAUUUCAUAAAUGGUAUAUCCAUACAUUAUAAAGCAAAGCAAUUCAAUGCCACAUUGUUAUGUGAGGAUUGUCAAGUUGCCACCGAUUCUGCUCAAACUUCUACCUCAAGUGACGGAUCUGCCAACAAAAAAAUCGACCUCAUCCUGGUAGUAGUAAUCAGUGUGUUGGUUUCAAUAAUGGCUACUAUUGUAACAGUAGGUGCAUACAAAUACUGGCAGAAGAGGAAGAGGGAGAAAGAUCAAGCACAUUUUCUAAAGCUCUUCGAGGAAGGUGAUGACAUUGAAGAUGAACUGGGUCUAAGUAUGUGAUUCAACAAUCUCUUGCUCAGCUGAACUUCUCUAAUCAUGAUUACCAGUAGCAUGAGAAAAGCUUCCAUGGAUGUAAUUAUACAAGUCCAAAUUUUGAAGUUUACUAAUUUACGUACAGAGAAGACAAUUUUUCUUUGAAUUAUGGAAAGAGUCAUUGUAAUUGUUUGUGUCUCAGACCACCACGACCAUAUGCUCAUGUUUGUUUGGUGUAACUUGGUGUCUAAGAGGUCGAUAUCAGUAUUACAUUUGUUGUCGACAGGAUGAGCAAAUUUGAGCUUCAUUAGAUUAGAUGUUUCUCUCUUUUUUUU